CAACUUUUUCAAAGGGUUGUGAUUGUAUUUGGGUUAUUCUACUAUCCCUUGAUUAGAUCAAAACCGGGACACUUUUCUUUAUAUCGGUCCAAACCUUCCUGCAACGAACUUGCAAUUCCUUUUAUAUUUUUAUGUUACGGUUUCUUUCCAAUUGACCUAUCAAGAUGUCGACACACAAUAUCGUAGUCUUCGGUGGAGACCACUCCGGUCCAGAGGUCGUAGCCGAGGCCGUUAAGGUUAUCAAGGCUGUCGAAUCCUCCAGCUCCUCCGGCAAUAAGUUCAAUCUUCAAGAGCACCUACUAGGCGGCUGCUCCAUCAACGCCCACGGCGAACCCCUCACAGACGCCGCCCUCGCAGCCGCCAAGUCUGCAGACGCCGUGCUCCUCGGCGCCAUCGGCGGUCCCGAAUGGGGCACCGGCGCCGUGCGGCCCGAGCAGGGGAUCCUCAAGCUGCGGAAGGAGAUGGAAACGUACGGCAACCUACGCCCGUGUUUCUUUCCCUCGGACUCCCUGAUCGAUUUCUCGCCCUUAAAAACCGAGGUGGUGCGCGGCACGAACUUCACGGUCGUGCGCGAGCUGACGGGGGGUAUAUACUUCGGCCAGCGAAAGGAAGGCGACGAUGUGGCGUGGGACACGGAGCAGUACUCGCGCGAGGAGGUGCAGCGCAUCACGCGGCUGGCGGCGCACCUCGCGCUCGCGAGCGAUCCGCCCGCCCCCGUCUGGAGCUUGGAUAAGGCGAACGUGCUGGCGUCGAGUCGGCUCUGGCGCAAGGUCGUCACUGAGACCAUGGCGACUGAGUUCCCGCAGCUCACGCUCCAACACCAGCUUAUCGAUAGCGCGGCUAUGAUCAUGGUGAAGAAUCCGCGCGGACUGAACGGUGUGGUUCUGACGAGUAACCUGUUCGGCGAUAUCAUUAGCGAUGAGGCGAGUGUGAUUCCGGGAAGUAUUGGGUUGAGCCCCAGUGCGAGCUUGAGUGGGAUCCCGGAUGGGAAGAGUAGGUGUAAUGGCAUUUACGAGCCGAUUCACGGCUCGGCCCCUGAUAUCUCCGGCAAGGGCAUCGUCAACCCCGUAGGCACGAUUCUCUCCGUCGCCAUGAUGUUCCGAUACUCGUUCGCGCUGCCGAAGGAGGCCGACGCCAUCGAGCUCGCGGUCAAGAACGUCAUCGACAGCGGGGUCCGGACAAAGGAUCUCGGCGGCUCGGCUAGCACAAAGGAGGUCGGCGACGCGGUCGCGGCGGAACUGACUAAGAUCCUAUCGUAAAGGCCGAUAUCGGGUUGGGAUAGACACGGGCGGCAUGCAUUCUUGCGUUGGGGGUGGCAAAACACGGCUGGUAGACAAAAGGGGAUCUACGCAAGUUGGGUAGCGUGCUGUAAUCCGGGCAAUGAAAAUCUAGUGAAAGAUAACACUGUGACAUGAGGCAACUGUUUGUGAUUGUGGCUUGAUGAUGGUCGUGGUCUGUUGGACGCAAGGUCCAACCAGUUUUUAUUGGUAGAUAUAUCAUAACUCCCUAGGUA